UUUCCCCUAGGAUUAGUUGAUUAUCGUUGUCAAAGACUUCCACAAGAAUCACCCUAAUUCCCCCCUUCUUCUUUCUACUUUCACAAACUUUCUUGUAAUCCUUAUCUAUUUCGUAUUGUUCAUUGCUCUUCCACGCACAUUUUUGCUAAUAUCAUGUCCGUCACAAAAUCCCUCAUUGCCUUUGGCCUCGAUAUUAAGCCCUAUUGUCCAUCGCAAAAUCCAUUAUUCUCCAAUUCUUCUGCAAAUCUUCUCAUGGUUAAAAAACGCCACAACGGUUUCUUCGACAAACAAGGUUUGAAACGUCUCAACAAUGUUAUGGGAGUGCAAAAGGACGAUGGAAACACAAGGAGCUUGGUCGUGUACAGUGUUGUUCAACCAGGAGCCCCGCCGCCUUCUGAGCCUCCUUUCAAUUUCUUGAAAUGGAUUGUGGGAGUAGUCUUGUCAAUAGUCCUACCCUUCUUAACCCACAACAAAUGGGCUUCAAUUCUCAAACUCAAAAACGAAGUUGAUACUGCGGUGGAGACAAUAGAAGUAAUAGUCGAUGCAGUGGAGAAGGUGGCGGAGGAAGUGGAGAAAGCGGCUGAGCACAUCGCAUCUUCCCUUCCAGAAGGCGGAACCCUCAGAAAAGCCGUCGAUUUCGUCGAAAGCGUGGCUGAAGUAACAUCCAAGGAGGCUCAUUUAGUCGGAGAUUUUAUCGAUAAGCAGGUUCAGGAAGCAGAGGAAAAAGUAGAGGCAUGCGUUGAGUCUAUGGCUGAGGAAGUCGUCCAUCCCCAUCCCACGGAAGAAGACAGAGCCAAUGAGCAAAUUAAAGAAUUAAACAAAAAUUAAUGAACAACAUUAACAUUAAUUAUUUAUUAAAUAUACUUGUGCAUUUGUAAAUAAUUAUAAUUAUAAUGUAAAAUUGAUAAUGAUUAAGAUAGUGUACAUGUAAUUAAGUGAUAGUAGAUAUAUACGAUGUGUAUAUGUAUA